AUGAAAUGCUCAGAUAUUCCAACUGAGGAGGAGUCGCAACGCCGCGAUCUGUUCGUCUUUAUACUCUCGACGAUGCGCGUGGCUGGCAUGUAUCCAUUUCGAAUGGGAAAUCGAAGCAGCUGCCUUAAUUUCGUGCUAAUCGUGUUGAAUUGGAUCUACGAGAUAUUUAAUUACUUUGUAUGCUCGCACAUAGCCGUAUUAUUUAUCUAUACUAUCUACAUUUACUAUGGCCAAGGUGAUCUAGAGUUUCUUGUCAACUGUCUAAUACAAACGGUGAUCUAUCUGUGGACCAUUACAAUGAAGUUAUAUUUCCGACGAUUCAGACACAAGCUUUUAAAUGAGAUAAUUAGCUCUGUCAAUGAAAAGCAUCAGAUACGUUCAGCGCACGGAUUUACCUAUGUGACCGUCACAGGAGCCCUGCGUCAGUCUAAUUUAUGGAUCAAAAGUUAUGUCUACUGUUGCUAUGUGGGAACCGUAUUCUGGUUGAUGCUGCCCAUAGUUUACCGAGACAGAAGUCUGCCUUUAGCAUGUUGGUAUCCGUUUAAUUAUAGCCAACCGAUUGUCUACGAAUUGGUUUUCUUUCUUCAGGCUGUCGGACAGAUUCAAGUGGCUGCCGCCUUUGCUUCUUCCAGUGGAUUUCAUAUGGUUCUAGGUAUAGUAAUAUCUGGCCAAUAUGAUUUAUUGUCCUGUAGCUUGAAAAAUAUUCUAGCUACUAGUUAUUUGAAGAUGGGUGCCAAUAAGGCCGAACUAAGUAAACUCCGAAAAGCACAAUCUGUGGCGGAUGUCGAGUUAAAUCAAUUUUGCUACUCCCACGAAAUUACUACUCCACUGGAAAAACUUAUGCAGCAACAAAAACCAAACAAAAUUACUAGCUUUCCCACCGCAUUCAACCACUCAUUAAAGCGAUGUGUUGAGCAACAUCACUAUAUUAUAUCAAUUCUGCAAAAAAUGGAAAGUUUCUAUAAUCCCAUUUGGUUGUUCAAAAUCGCCGAGGUUACUUUUCUUAUGUGCCUGGUGGCUUUUGUUUCAAUAAAGAGCACUACGGUCAAUUCAUUGAUGCGCAUGGUGUCAUUGGGCCAGUAUCUGCUGUUAGUCCUCUAUGAGCUCUUUAUCAUUUGUUACUUUGCUGAUGUUGUGUAUCAGAAUAGUCAACGAUGUGGAGAUGCACUCUUGCGAAGUCCUUGGCAACUGCAUUUGCGUCAGUUGCGCAGCGAUUAUAUUAUUUUCUUGAUAAAUUCCCGUCGAACCUUUCGACUGACUGCUGGAAAAAUAUACAAUCUGAAUGUGGACCGAUUGAGAUCUGUAAGUGCUGUGUUUCAAUAUUGA